AUGCCUAGGUCCCACAAUAGUGAUCAGGGCUCAGCAGAGGAGGAAUUCCCUCUGGCUGACUUAACCCCUUCAGUGCACACGGAUCAGGACAGACUGCAGACAGAGCAAUCACAGGCUUUUCAGAUGUCUGUCUCUAAUGCUAUUGCAGCAGCUAUGGGAUCCAUGACAUCUGUCAUAUCCCAGUCCAUUGCACAGGCCCUAGCUACCCAUCCGGCUAAUAUGCCGCAACCCGCUACGGUUUCUAAACUGGCCGGGCCUGGGCCGCAUGCCUCCAGAACAACCUUGACUGGUGAUGAUGUUGCCACCAAUGUUGGCGCGCUUGGUUCGCGCAAGAGAGCCUGUCCGCGUCAGGCAGAACGCACGCGAGAAUGGAAAUGGGCUACAGCACAACAGGAUUGGGCUACCGACUCUGAGGUCGGUUCUGAGGAGGAGGCUAUAGAUGACGCCUUUGAUGAGGCAGAGCAGGAUCCCUCCGGGGUCAUGGAAUCUAACCCCCUACCCGGGUGUAGUACUCACAGAUCGUCUGCAGACGCACUACCUGCAGAUUUGGUGGACCCCUCUGGGGACCUGUUAUUUAACCCUGACUCGCUCCAUCACCCGCGAUCCGCGGAAUGGCUACCUUUGGACCAUGUGUCCAAAUAUUUGAAGGCGCGGGUGCGAUGCCCUCUAUCCAGAGAGGCCCGCAAUAAGCUCAGGGCGGAAUGCCCCAGACCGAUUAUCCCCAACAAGGUCUGCGAUACCCCGUCUGUGGAUCCGAAAAUGAUCCAAUUCCUUUCUAAAGCGGGUUGGAACCCGCGUAAGGGCCUGGAGUCAGCCCUACGCUCCUGCCAGGACAAACUCCUGGACAUAUUUGGCCCUCUAGCCAAGAUUUUUGAUCUGGCAGAGUCAGCUAAGGCUGAGGGCGGUCAGGUAGACCCAGUAGAAUUGCGCGAGUGGGUGCAGCGCGCCAUUUGCAUUGGGGGUAACGUGAAUACGUCCCUAUCCAUGGAACGGCGUAAGGCCAUUCUGUUCAAAAUUGAACCGAAACUCUCGAAUCUGGCACUGACAGACAGGAAAGGAGGCUCAAGGCCUACUAUUUGGAGAGUCCUUCAUCAAGGACCUAGGCCGCUAUGUCGGCGCUUUCACCGCCCUCGAUAAAGCCCAGAGCUCAAUGAAGAGGGUUUUCCAGGGUAGGGUCUCUACCAGGGCCGGCAGUUUCAGGGGCCGUCUGUCCGGCCGAGCCCAGUACCAGUCCCGUGGUUCGGGUCGAGGCUCCUUCUCACAGAGACCGGCUUUCCAGGAGCACAGGCGGGAUCCAGCUCCUUUCUUCCCAUCCAGAGGAAAUCCUUGGAGAUCCAGAGGGUAUAGAGGACAACCCGGUUCCAGACGCCCCUAUGGUUGAGACUGACGUGUUGGGCAGUCGUCGUGGUUCUGCAUGAUGGUUUGGAGGGUCGGCAGUUUUGGUUCCAGCCGAUCGUUGUGGUGGAAGAGACGAGAAUUACUUAUCAAGCUGUCGUUCCGGUUUGGUUCCUGAUUCGUUUCCGGAUGACUGGCGGUUCCUUCCCAGGAGGUCGGAUGUUCGGUUUCCAGUUUUGUUGGGACUGUUUGGACUCUGGUUACAAAGAAAGAGGAGGUUCUGAUGGAGGAGUGACCUAUUAUACUAGGACUAUGGGAGGGGUUUGGUCACAUGUUCAAGUUUUUCUUUGCUGCUAUUGGUCAGAGUAAAGAAGGAGAAUAGCAA